AAUUACUUAAUUUUUUUAUUAAUGACACAUCUAGACAGCAGUGGUCUGUUUCCUGUCUUUUGCAGUGCAGCUGCACGGCAUUUAAAAAUAGGUAUUCAAAUUAUCAAGCAGCAGGUUGUGCAAACUAUAAAACACAGAUAUGUAAUUACGAAUAUAGACGUGGCCUCUGGCUUUUUCACCUCCUGGUAACACGAUUGUUUCACUUCAUUUUUCUCUUAAACACAGAACUUUUCACUGCGCUUCUGCUGAAAGAAAUCACACUUUUGUUGUGUUUUCUGGUUCAAAAAAGACUUCAAACUUUAUGGCUUCAUGAGGAAUAACUUCUACAUAAUGUUCAAAAUUUCAGAAUGAAGCUGAAUCUGAACUCCUCCAACAUGUCUGUGGAGUCUGACGCUGUGCGGCCGGAGCAGGGGCCGGUGGAGUACCGCGUCGCAGGCCUGGUCUUCUACUCAUUUGUCUUCGCCAUAGGGGUCGUGGUCAACAUCACCGCUCUGUGGGUGUUUUCUCUCACCACCAAGAAGAAGAACUCGGUCACCGUCUACAUGAUAAACGUGGCGGUGGUGGACCUCACCUUCAUCCUGCUGCUGCCCUUCAGAAUGGUUUACCACCACCAGGACUACUGGCCCUUUGGGGACCUUUUCUGCCGGAUUAGCGCCGCCCUCACCAUCUUCUACCCCUGCAUGGCCCUGUGGCUGUUUGCUCUGAUCAGCGCUGACCGCUACAUGGCCAUCGUCCAGCCGAAGCACGUUAAAGAGCUGAGGAACAUCCCGAAAGCCGUGGUGGCGAGCCUCGGCGUGUGGCUCAUGACCCUGGGCAGCACCCUGCCCGUGCUCUUCUCUGAGGACGAUCCCGACCGCGCCUCCAACUUCACCACCUGCAUCAAGAUGCAGGACAUCAUCUACAUGCGCCACGACAAUCCCGUCAACUUCGUGCGACUCAUCUUCUUCUUCCUGGUGCCCAUAUGCAUAAUGAUCGGCUGCUACGUCGUCAUCGUGGACAACCUGAUCCAUGGACGCACCUCCAAGCUCAAACCCAAGGUGAAGCAGAAGUCCAUCCGGAUCAUCAUCACGCUGAUUGUCCAAGUGCUGGUGUGCUUCGUGCCCUUCCACGUUUGCCUGGUGCUCCGCUUGGUGGGGACAGGCAGGGACGGAGGGUUCAGCACGUGGGCGGUCUUCACCACGUUCCUGAUGAACUUGAGCACGGUGUUGGACAUCAUCCUGUUCUACAUCGUGUCCAAGCAGUUCCAGGACAGGGUAAUCAGCGUGAUCCUGUACAGGAACUAUCUGCGGAGCGUGAGGCGGAAGAGCAGGCACACGCACACGGGCAGCAUCCGGUCAAUGAGCAACCUGACCGGCGCAAUGAUAUGAGACAGCCGUCAGACUGACAAGCUACGCUGAUGUAAAGCGUGCACACUUUGGCACAAUGUAAAACUGAAUGCUUCGCCUUUUAAGUGGUUCGUUACGAGAAAGGUUAAAAAACUCACAAUUAAUUUCCAAGGUGUGAUUUACACUCACAGUAUGGGAGUGCUGCUGUUGUUGCAAAAACAUCUGUGAUUCAGAGCUGAUUGACUCACCCAUGAGACUUAAGAUGUUUUCUGGUGCAUCUUUGUGAGUGUCUCCGGCUCAGGUGUAACACAUGCAGGCAAAAAAUAAAGCUCACAAUCGUUAAAAAAAAGAGCCCAUGGCGUCUCAGCGUUAGUUAUUAUGCAUGAAGAUCAAAACUCUUCUCAGCCACGUCAACCAACAGCUAUAUAAAGGGCCUGCCUCCACGCUGGGGAGGUGGGUGGGGGGACCAAAAGGAAAUGAUGAUGGGUUCUGAAAAGGUUGCGACUUUAGUUUGGUCGCUGCACCACAUCUGCAACUCGCUGCAUCGAGGCUUGAAUAUAACCAUUAAUGCUGCCUGAUGUCACACACAUGCUUGACAUGCCUCGCCGUAUUUGUGAAGUCACAAGACAUGAUUUUAAACCACAAUUAGAGCCGGAAGAUGCUGUUAGCUCAUCCACCAGGUGAUGGCAGCAUGGCACAGCUAGACCUUAUCUACCUGCCAGAGUACAACAAAACUGUGCUUUCUUUACUUUUGAAGUGGAUGGUGCAAGAUUUUUUUCUUUUUACUGCAUCUUAUAACAUUUCAACUGGUUUUAUAAAAUCAAAUAUUUCAGUCUUGAUUCUGUAAAAAUUCUUAUCCCCGACACCACAGAAAAUCGGCUUCCUCAACCGGGAGUCAGACUAAAGUGUGUUGAUGGUGCGACGCGAAUCAUAUUGAUCAGACGUUAAAUGAUUCAGACACUUGAAGUGCAUUUACAGUAACAUCCUCAUGAGAUGUCGGCGAGGCUAUUUACUAGAUUUAAAGCAACCGUAACCUUAAAAGAGACAACCUUUUUUUUGCACAGGGAUACUUUUAAUGUCAUGUCUCUGCUGCUCAGUAUAAGCACCUCUGUGCAAGAUCCUGCAAAUUGUUGCCAAGUUAUUCCUCAAAUGGCAGACGAGUGCUGAAAUAGAAGGGUACUGAAUGUGUGAAAGACUAACAUCUGUGAAGAGACUCAUUUGAAAUGAAGGAACAGAAACUGACGGCUUUGAUAGCGCAAACGUCACUUGUGCAAAGAAUUUGAGUUGGUGUUGCCAAUUGUUAAAAAUAAUCGUGUUAGUGUGUCCGUCACACGUACACAGUCUUGACUGGAUUAGACAGUGAGUCAGUGUGGCUGAGUAACUAUGUAGUGUCUCACUCAAUUAGACAGUCAAGGCACCCUGUGGUGUGGCCACAUUGCACCGAAGCACUUCUCUGAAUGGUUAUCUAUGGCUGAUCAAAUGCAAACAGAACUACAAACGUGUAAUACUGUGCAAUUCAGAUUCCCUCAGAAAACCCAGUUAAGUUCUCACAGAGAUAAGUUCAUAAUAAUAAUAGUGGUUGAAGCAUAAACAACACUGGGAGUCCAUGUGGUUCUUGGUUGGUUUGUAAAAAAAGAAAAUGAAAGAAAAUGACCAAGCUAACGGUGAAAUAACAAAUAAUUUACUGCAUCCAUGUGAGCUCCGCCAUUAAAUACACAUAUGAUGUAAAAAUAGUUUAACAUGUUAAGAAAGUCACAGUUUGUCUUAAAACUAUCGGAAACCACGUAAUUAGAAAGACGUCACACCUAAAAGUCAGGUCUCUUUCUUUUGCUUAACAGCUGUAAAAAAUAGUUGCUUGUAUGAAACGCGUCAGUUAAGAUAAUGUUAUAUUUUUGCGUUGAACUUAGAUAAAUUAGCUCACUAGCUAGCAAGCCAAGGUAACAACUGUGUUGGUGAUGAACAUAGUGUGAGACGAGAGAUGUAGUUCACUGAGCAGUUUAACACAAGACUAAAUCAUACUAAGACAAACCUACUACAAACUGAACCUUUCUUGACUUGCUAAAUCCUCAUUUAAAUUGACAAAUACCACAUUCAUGGCACAAUUCAAAUGGGAUCAAUAAAUAUUAUGUCUCCAUUGUCUACCGUCCAUAUUUUCAAAAAUGAUGUUUUACAGUCUGGUAUAUGGUCCCAUCGGGGACAACGGAAGGGGAGGGACUCUGCCUCUCUACAGCCGGGCUAGAUUUAAACUGUGUUUAAUAAGAGGAGGCAGAAUACAAGAUUUUCAUCUCACAUGGAAUUCUGGGACCUGCAGUUGAUCACACGGUGAUAGGUUUAUCGGCCGGUUGGACUACAAGUGGAUUUAUAACCAAAAGGUCAAAGGUCAAAUGAAACAUCAGAGGGUCGUCUAUCUGUCCCACCUGUUAGACAUCAAAGGAAAACCAGCCACGCUGCUCACAGCAACUGGCAUUUAAAACAAUUAAGUUUCCUGUCAAGUCCCUGUGAUGAAUUAUCCGGAAGCUUUACCCGCUGUAAUUCUAAAUCUUCCCAACAAGUGCCUUUGUUGUAGAGAAAUUAAUGAAAACAAGAUUGUCUUUCAUAGGAGCUGAUCUAACAGCGCGACAGCCAGCUGCUCUUCUUUGGGAAUAAAAACAGUCAGCAUUAAACACAGCUCGCACAAAAUACUUCUUUUUUUUUUUUUUCCACCACUCGUGUGGAAAACAAAUCAGGCGGCGGGCGCAGUGGCCAUCUGUUUUGUUAUUUGAUAUGUGUGAAUACAUGUUGUAAUGACUUUGUUUGUGAAUCACUCGGCGCGGCAGAACACACGAGAGCUCUCGAAGUGCUGGAGUGUUCAAAGCUAAUCAUAUAAUUGGACACAAUAGUCGAUGACAAAUGGAGACGCUUGGAGCCAGCCAGCUGGGGAAGUGAAUAUGUAAUCAUUGUAAAAUCAUAUCAUUUUUGCAUAUUUGAAGACAGCUUAAUAGAGUUUGCGUGUCAGCACACUAUCAAAUGAUGAUCAGAGACAGUGCUGCUGUAUUUGUUUUUCUGAAUACUGUAGUGCUUUGUUGGAAUACUCAUCUUUAUCGUGAUUAAAAGUGUUUCUGGAGA